AUGUCACCGCAGGCAUACAUGGCCACUAAGAACAAAUGGAUCUGUCCCACUUGUAACAUGACAUCCAGACGUCCUAAAGGAGAUGAAACACCUACGAGGCGGCAGUUUGAGCAGGUAUCGACAGAUGCAGACAUGUCCUGCGACGAUGUUGUUGAGCAGUGGGAGUGGGGGGAAUUGAAUAAAAAAUUCUGUGAGAUGGAAUCUCGAUUUAGCGCCAUUGAGGACAGACUUAUAGAAACAGAGAAAAAAUCUUCUGUGAUACCGCAAUUGAAAGCUGAUUUGGAUUCUGCGAAAAACGCUAUUGCGGCACUUGAGCUCGAAAAUCAUAAACGGGAUCAGUUCUCACGUAUGAACAACGUGGAGAUUUCCGGAAUCCCCGUUACUGCUGGUGAAAACCUCUACACCCUAUUGCAUGUCAUCAGUAAUAAAGUUAACUGCUCGCUGAGUGAACAAGACAUAGAUAGCGUAGCAUACAUGGCCACUAAGAACAAAUGGAUCUGUCCCACUUGUAACAUGACAUCCAGACGUCCUAAAGGAGAUGAAACACCUACGAGGCGGCAGUUUGAGCAGGUAUCGACAGAUGCAGACAUGUCCUGCGACGAUGUUGUUGAGCAGUGGGAGUGGGGGGAAUUGAAUAAAAAAUUCUGUGAGAUGGAAUCUCGAUUUAGCGCCAUUGAGGACAGACUUAUAGAAACAGAGAAAAAAUCUUCUGUGAUACCGCAAUUGAAAGCUGAUUUGGAUUCUGCGAAAAACGCUAUUGCGGCACUUGAGCUCGAAAAUCAUAAACGGGAUCAGUUCUCACGUAUGAACAACGUGGAGAUUUCCGGAAUCCCCGUUACUGCUGGUGAAAACCUCUACACCCUAUUGCAUGUCAUCAGUAAUAAAGUUAACUGCUCGCUGAGUGAACAAGACAUAGAUAGCGUAGCAUACAUGGCCACUAAGAACAAAUGGAUCUGUCCCACUUGUAACAUGACAUCCAGACGUCCUAAAGGAGAUGAAACACCUACGAGGCGGCAGUUUGAGCAGGUAUCGACAGAUGCAGACAUGUCCUGCGACGAUGUUGUUGAGCAGUGGGAGUGGGGGGUUCGUCCAAUUCCCCAGCGAACGCUGAGGCAAGUAUAG